AUGAGGACGCUAGUCGCCCUUAUCCUUACAGGAUAUGUUCUAGUUUUAUGUUCUGGUCGUGAAGUAGGCGAAACAGAUUUAGUUGCAGACGCUUCACACCACAAAGGUCAUCAUCACGAAGAGGGCGGUGGCAAAGAGCAUCACGCACACCACCAUCACGAACACGGUGAAAAGGGCCACAAAGGCCAUAAAGGGCAUCAUCACCACCACAAAGGUGAACACGGCGAUCAUCAUAAGCACCAUCAUGCAGGACAUCAUCAUGAACACGGAGGCGGUCAUAAAAAGCACUGGGAUGAACAUGAUCACCAUGGCAAACAUCACGAACACGGCCAUCAUCACAAAGGUGGUAAACAUCAUCACAAAAAACAUUUUGACAAAGGUGAAGAGACCGAUGGUUACCAUAAAAAAUAUCAUAAGGAUGAAUAUCACAAGGACCAUCACUUUUAUGAUGAUCACCAUAAAGAAGGCAAACACCAUAAGCAUGAAAAGCAUCAUGGUCACCAUGACAAACACGGGGGACAUCAUAAGAAAGGAGGUCAUCAUCACUCCGGACAUCAUGAGGACCAUUAUGGCAAAAAGGGUCACCACGAUAAACAUCACUAUGACGAAGAUCACAAAGGCCACAAAGGACACGGGGGCCAUGAAGAACAUCAUCACGACCAUCACGAACACGGUAAAAAGGGAGGUCAUGAAGAUCACAAACAUUGGGGAUUCCAUCACGGAAAGCACUGA